UGAAUGUAAUAAAGUUAAAGAAGUUCACCAACCAUAUCCAUAGUACAACAAUCAGAUUAUGAAGCAUAUCUACUUUUCUGGCGCUGCCCUUCGACAAUCAACGUUUUUCAAGGAAAACAUGGUGAAAUCUAGGGUUAAGAUUAAGAAAGAAGAUGGAAGGGAAGAUGAAGAUGAAGAUGAAGAUGAAGUGCAACAAUCAGCUUAGCGAGAAGAACAAGCAUCAAAAUUCUGGAUGGAGAAACUAAUAUCGUAUUGUAAUAAGAAGUUCCAGUUUUCCAGACUGCAACAGUAGAAAUGACAAGGACACCUGCUAGGCUGCUAGGAAGGCCAGUAAUCUGUCGUGAAUUGAGGAAAUUCAAGGAUAGUGGCAGCGAGAUUUAGCAUGAAGCAUUUAGCUUGUUCUCUCUAUUGUAAUUCAUGUCGCUAGAGGUAAUAGAAUUGCACUUGCACCUGCUGUUCUUGCCAGCAUUUAUAGAGAUAUGACUUUGUUGAAAGGGAAAAUCGCUGGGUCAACCUUGGUGGGGACUCCAAAGGGAAUACAUGAUGGUUUAACUGUUAAGCUUUGGUCAUCAAUGCAAUUAGUUGAGGUUCGAAGAACUGCAGCGGCCGGAGCCUAAUCUGAUGAGGAGUGGGUAUCCUAGGUUGGCUCGGUGGAACAUUGAAACAGACAGUUGAGAAUGUUUCGUUGGUUUUGGAGUCGGAUAAAGAGAGUUUUAUUUCGUUUUUCGUAUACUAUAGCUCUGGAAAACUGGGACUUGCUCAAGUUUUAUGGAGAAAAAGAAAUGUGGGCGACUAUUGGUUCUAGUUUGAAUGCCGAAUUAAUGGCAUUUGCUCGAUGCGUCUGGGAUUUCAAUGCUGUGUGGAGUUGGCUGUUCAGAACAGUAUUUCGAUGGUUCGGAACUGACGAAGACCUUUCAUGUUGUGUUGGUCAAUGCUCUAAUUAACGGACCUGAGAUUGCAUAGAGCUUAAAGCUUUUAUUGAAGAGCUUGAGCAGAUGAUCACACGAAUAAAAACAGCAAGAUUAAGACUAAAAUUGGUUACCUAGCUAGCUUUCUUCGUGAGAAUGAUUUGCUUGAUUUUAUUUUAUUUGAAUUCAUGGCUUCUCUUCUUCUGUUGGCUAUGCUACUAACAUGGUAAGAGGCAUUGCAGCAGGUUCCUAAAUGGAUAACUCCCACCAUUAACAACAGAUGCAGAUCAAGGCUUCAAGGAUAAAAGAAAUAAAUAUAUUCAUAUUGUAACCAACGCUCCAGACAUACGCAAUUCCUUCACACAAACACGGAAAACAACCUGAUCUUCCAUACAAGCCAUAUUACCCCCAGCCUUAGCUACCAUCCAUCACCUUAAACACCCAGACACAGCAAAGUUAUUAAGUUGUUUGUUUACCGGAAAACAAAUCAAGCAGGAAAGCAUUUUGGCUUUGUCACCAUCCAUUUCAAUAUGUCAGACAAAACUCUGCUAGAAUGUUUAGAUGACAUAUGGUUUGACUCCUACAAACUGAGAGUUAAUGUGGCUAAGCACAGAAGAAAAGAUGAAGUGACGAAACAGAAACCAGUGGGAAGAGGGAAACAAAUAUCCAAGCACAGCAACAAAGCCAAGGCCCCCAUCCGUGUAAGAGAGAACCGAAGCUAUGUUGAGGCAGUAAGAUCAGGGAAUCAAGUCCAUCAAGCGUCGACUGAUAAUGCCACAGCACGUGUUCGGAACUUCAUCUCUUUCAACAGUACAGAUGAGGAAAUUUUAUGGUUACGAAGUAGUCUUAUAGGCAAGAUAUCUCAAGGAGUAGAUUAUGCACAAAUCAGACAUAGUUUAAUUCAGCUAGGCCUUGGCUUCUCUGCUUUCCGUUUCUUUGGGGGUUCCCAGGCAAUCAUAAGCUAUGAUGGUGAGAAAUCUAUGCAGCAAGCCAUGCAGAAAGCUAUGGAAUGCUGGAAGCUCUACUUUGAUGAAGAAAUCUCUGAACUUUACAGCGUGAAAAUCCUUAUAGGUACUCACUUGCCGGAGAUCCAUGGCUCUAUAGAUCUGGCAAAAGGAAUUUCAUACUCUAUGGCUUCAAACCACAUUACUUUAGGAAGAAGAUGCUGACAUUGACUCAGAUAAUGAAGUGUCAACUGACCUGGCAGGAGAUAACAACAUUUGCAGGUUGGCUAUUGCUGAUAAGAAUUUUGGGGCUGAUGACAAGGCACAGAAAGCGCAGCCCGCAUGGGACUUAUGAGGUCUAUGAUCAUAGCUAUUCUGCCACAAUAAAUGCCACUGACAACACAGAACGGAUACAUAUCGUUGUUGAAGAUUUCUUUCCAAAAAUAGCAACUCCUAGUACUCCCCACCACUAUUUCUCUAGCAACAAGCUUUCCCAAAAACAACUACAAGCAACAAACGGGGCCUUG